AUGUCAUCAGUUCAUCCAUGGCCUUUUCUUGAUACCCGUCAAUGGGUGUACCGUUUUCCUUUAUACCAAGGAAUUAGUCUUCCUUCAAAUGAUUGUUCUAUUUUAACCAAACCAAAUGGGCCGCCUUCACUUCCAACAAGACAACCAAAGUUUUGUAAAGUAUGUGGUGACAAAGCUAAAAGUUACCAUUUCGGGGGUCUCUCUUGUGACAGUUGCAAAGCUUUCUUCAGACGUUCAGUACAGAGUACAGGCUACAAGAACUUCCAAUGUCCCUACAAGCGCAUUUGUGAAAUCACUAUCAGUUCCAGAAAGUGUUGCCAGUUCUGUAGGUUCCACAAAUGUGUGGCCAUCGGGAUGGAGAAAAGCUGGGUCAUGACAGAAGAGGAACGUUUGCGUAUUUUAAGAAUUCGCACGGCAAAGCGACAACACCAGCAUGACAUGUAUCCUAAACCUGGGAGAAAACAUCAGAUGGACUAUUAUCCAGAAAUUAACAAUAUCCGAAAAUUUUUAACAGAAGAAGACAUCAGGUGCAUAGAGUCUAUUAUGAACUCAUAUCAGGUGAGUUAUAUGACAAUAGCUUUUAGCAGUAGCUUAUGUAACAAUGCUUACGAUCGAAGCCCGAUAGAAAUAUUAGAUAUGUUUUUCACGGUCGUCAAACAGUUUGCACAUUUCGCUCAGCAACUAUGUUCUUUUUCCGUUAUUCCUCGAUAUGAUCAAGAAAUUUUGCUACGGACCGGUGUCAUGGAAUUGUGUUUUUUACGUGGUGCAUACAUGUUUAAUGAAAACCACAUGUGCUGGCCUGAUCAUGAGAAAAUGUUUUGUAAAGCUUCUCCUAAACUUUUAGCAGAAGAUCUGAAAAAAUUGGUAACAACAGAACUUUUUGAGAAACACAUGAAAUUCAUCGAAGGUGUUAAAGAUCUGCAAAUUGAUGAACCAACGCUAAUGAUCUUGCUCGUAACAGUCUUACUGUCUUCAGAUAGACCUGGGCUCCAAAAUGUGGAUUUAGUUGCAAGAGAGCAAGAAAAAUAUUGCGUUUUGCUUAAAAACUAUAUGUUGUGGCGAUACGGAGCCAGCAGAGCAUCAGUUCUUUAUCCUAAACUGUUUUUAAAGCUCCCAAACUUAAGAGAACUUACUGACAUUCAUAGUGAUUACUACUUAAGUCUAAACAAGUUGGAAGUUCAAGAAAUUCAAAGACGUUUAUCUUGCCCAAGAAUCGAGUCACCGACACACGAAGAGAGCUCGUUAAACAUUUUUCCAAGAAAAGUAGAUUUAAGAAAGAGGAAAAGAUGGAGCUUUUCUCAUGACUUGUUAGCAGACUUGGAUUCUUUCUCUUGUGGUUCUAUCGAGGACGAAUCAAGUUCUAAUGGUUCUGAUAAGUCUUCUUGGACAUCACAAAAACCAAGCUCAGGUUAA